GCCGCUGGAUGGUUUAUAACAAACAGACGGAGAGUGAAGAAAAUUAAAGACGUCUACGAUGCCCGUAUCUCGUCCUUCAAAGAAAGAAAACGGGACAACAAGUUCAGCUACACCUCCGUCAGAUGCUGAUAUUCCCCAGAAAACGAAACGAAAGUAAGUUGCUCCGAUGUUUUUCCGUUUUCCUUUAGGAACAACCAUUCUCAUUCUCCCACAACUCUCACCACCUCCCCGAUGAACAGACGUCAGUCCCAGUCCUGCGAUGCUUGUCGCGCUCGCAAAGUCCGUUGUGCUAGAGAAAACCCUGAAGAUCCAAAACAGUCCUGCAAACACUGCAUCACGCUGGGCAUUCCAUGCACAUACGAGUAUCAACCAAAGAAACGGGGGCCGCCAAACCUCUAUCUCAGGCGUCUUCAGGAAGCUGCUGCGCAUGCUCAACACCAGCAGGAGGACGUCGUCGAAUCUCCCACUUCUCCCUUCGAAACAACGACGGUCAAGCAAGCUCUUCCAGCACCCACUUCCCCCACAUCGCCUCUACUUCCCCCAAUUCCAUCCAUCCCGAUUCCUCCAUCCCGAUAUCCAAUAGCAGCAGACUACCAUUACUCACCGCCAAAAUCAGAAGACUACUCUUCCCACCACUGGCGUCCUCUUCCCCCCACCAACCCACCACUCUCCUACUAUUACGCUCCCCAUCGUCUCGAAGAAAUUGCUCCUCGCGACACGAUCAGUCUCAUCAUCGCUCUCUUUUUCGAUUUCGUCUACCCGCUGACCCCAUGUGUACACAAACCGUCUUUCAUGGCCGAUCUUCAUGCGCGCAGAGAAGAACGUGAUCCCCUCUUUUUCGCUCUCGUCAUGUCUACCGUUGCCAGUACCUUGGUACAAGUUCCAAGGAGUUACCUCCCCCUCGACCGCCCUGUCGUCCGUCGCCUUGCUCAAACAUGCUAUGAAGCCUCACGCCACAUCACCGUCGCCUCUUACGACCCCCCGACCUCCAUGCACGUCGUCGUUCGCUACUUUGACUGCGUUUACCACUUUUGCGAAGGUCACGAUGCAACGCAACACGCCGCUUUUGGCGAAGCCGCUCACAUUGCCGUAACUUUACGCAUGCACGAAGAAUCCUCCUACGACGGUCUCGACCCUAUCGAAUGCGAAGUCCGACGCCGCAUCUUUUGGCUCCUAUUCGGCGCUGACAAAUCCAUGUCCAUCUUGUUAGGCCGUCCCAUAUGUCUCCGAGACGAAGACUGUUCCGUCCACUUCCCGAAAGAGUUGGACGACGAAUACAUCACGCCCUCGGCCUAUCUCCCUCAACCUGCUGGAAAGACAGCUGUUGUGAGUGGGUUGAAUUAUAUCAGUCGAAUAUUUGCUUUGUUGGGGGAGAUAUUGGUCAGGAUCAGAGUCGAUAAACGGUCCCCACCCCAAGGUCAAUUCGCUACUGCCCGUUUGGAGGAAGUUCAGUCUCUCCAUCAACGGAUUAUCUCUGCGCUUUCGUUAGCUCCUGAACCGUUAUGUCUUAAAAGAGUCAACUGGUCGGGAGGUGCAUUGGCUUCGUUCAAUGCCACUUCACCGACCUCGGGCAGUUCGGCCUCUGCUGGCAGUCCAGCUGCGAAAGCAUCACCCAGUUCAGAUUAUGGCGGGGCGGGGUUUAGACAGGCGACGUUUGCGGAGGUCAAAGAUUUCUUUGAUAAUCCUCAUGCGAGUAGAGCGAAUGCCCUUAAUCCGUUUUUGGUGAUGCAGGCGAACUUGUAUGUUACUCAGCAACUAGUACGAUUCGUGAUCGAGCAAUAUCGAGACGAACUUAUCCUUUCCCUUCGAGGAUCAUUAGAUGAUCUGCACAUUGCAGAGGACCGAGAAGCUGUGGCCAGUGAUUUGUUGAAUAUAUUGCAUUCAAUACCAAUUCAAUCGAUAGCAACCAACGGUCCCUCGUUAGUCCACAAAGUGCGCUUCGUGGCUUCCACACUUUUGGAUGCCGUUAGAAAAGCAGAAACCCAACCUCAAUCAGCGGCGAGGGCACAUGCAUUUUUGUGGGAUUUCCUCAGUAUCCUUAGUGAGAUUGAACGGAAUUAUCUUUUGGAUGAUGAUAGAGAUGGGGGGAGUAGUGGGAUGAGUUCUGCUGGGGGUCAGUUUGAGUCGGGGAUUGGCGGUAUGGGUGUAGGUGUUCUUGGACAUGGACAUGGACAUCCUCAUCCUCAUACAGGCGUGGGUGGGGGGAUGGUUGUUGGGUGAUCUAAGGUUCUUUUCCUUUUUUCAUUCUCUGGGUUUUUCUUGUUUUUCUGCUUUUCCCCUCUAUUGCGUGGUGUUCGGUGAGCAAUCUAUCACUGGUCGAUAUCCAUACCCCUUUCCGUUCUGUAUGCUCGUUCUGUUUCCGUUGUACCCAAAUACUUGUUUAUACCCCCUCCUCCUACCUCCACGCUCUCUGCCCUUCGGAAACAAAAACAAUUUGUUCCCCGAAUGUAGCUUAUUCGUUUAUUUUAUCACUACACUGACUACGAUACAUAGGUUGUUGUAACAAUACAGAUUGAUGAUAGUCGCAAACCGAUAGUCUGCAAGUGCUUCCGGCUUGAGGCGGUCCGAGUAUCCGCUUCCGGUGAGAACCCU